UGGAGUGCUUGUUGCAUGCGAUCAUAGCAAUUGCGCCACAUUUAAAAGAGGACAAGUCGAUGGCGAGUAACGAUGUUGAGAAAUAUAUAAAGCACUGCAUGCGUAUGAGUCUCAGUGGUAUGCCACGACAAGCAAAAUUUGCUGUUCGCUGUAUCGCUGCAUUAUUGAACACGGAGAAAGCGCGAGCACAACUAACAACUGUUUUUCGGGAAUCGUUGAAGCGCAUCACUUUGUCUGAUCCACAGUGCUGCACAGCACUGAAAGCAUUAGGCUCAUGUAUUGAAGCAGAUGCAGUGGGAUUUUCCGAACAACUUCACCCAGUUAUUGAGGUAUUUAUGUUAUUUUUGCAGAAAUCGUCAAAGACGAAAUGCAGGAGAGAGUUGAAAGAUGAAGGUGUUGAGGUUUUUUGCUGUCCUUAGUG